AUGGCAGCGCAAUCCAAGGUCCUCCUUCCUGAGCGCUCUAUCGGACAAAUCAUGUCCCGUAUAGCUGGUCUAUAUGUGAAGCAUCGCACACGCAUCUCCCGCGUCGUCUAUCUCGCACUCUUCCUCGCCCUCACCAAACGAAUCCAUAAUGCGAUCGGCGAGCAAAAAGCCGCCUCGCGCCGGCAGGCUGAGAUGCGCGAACGCCCCGGAACGAGCGGCCUCAACAUGAAUAACAAUAAUAACGAAAACAGCGCAAGUAAAAAACCAAAGAGGCCAGAACUUAACCGCGAGUUUUUCAGAACUCUGUUGCGAUUACUUCGUAUCGUGAUACCGGGGUGGCGCAGUAAAGAGUUCCGGCUGUUGGUUAGCCAUAGUGUUUUUUUGGUUCUGAGGACUAUGCUUAGUAUUUAUGUGGCUGAGUUGGAUGGGAGGUUGGUGAGUAAUUUGGUUAGAGGAAAAGGGAAGGAUUUCCUGUCUGGUCUCGCGUGGUGGAUGACUGUUGCUAUUCCGGCGACGUUUACGAAUUCGAUGCUUUCAUAUCACCAAUGUCGCCUCGCACUACAAUAUCGAAAGCGACUCACCGACCACGUCCAUGAUAAAUAUUUAUCAAAUAUGACAUUCUACGCUCUGUCGGCCCUGGACGACCGGAUCAAGAACCCUGACCAGAUGGUCACAGUAGACAUUUCGCGAUUCUCCGACAGCUUGGCUGAGCUGUACUCCAACCUGGCGAAACCAGUCCUUGACAUGGUCCUCUACAACUAUCAGCUAUCCAAGAAUGUUGGCAUGGAGGGCUUAUUCCUAAUGAGUCUGCUAGUCCAGUUAUCAGCCAAUGUGAUGCGCAUGUUAACACCGCCGUUUGGGAAAUACGUCGCCGACGAAGCGCGGCUCGAAGGAGAAUUCCGAUUUCAGCAUACGCGCCUGAUUGAUUAUAGUGAGGAAGUCGCACUUUAUCACGGCCACGAGGCCGAGAAGGACAGUCUCGACAAGGGUUAUUUCACCCUGAUCAAACACGUUAACCGGAUUCUUCGACGCCGGUUGUAUCACGGAUUCAUGGAGGAUUUUGUCAUAAAAUACUUCUGGGGUGCCUUGGGGCUUAUCCUUUGCAGUGUUCCAGUGUUUUUCAAGAUUCCUGGCCAGGUUAGCCAAACAAUGGGAGAUCGGACAGAAAGCUUCGUCACUAAUCGACGGUUACUUCUAUCCUCAUCUGACGCAUUCGGCCGUAUAAUGUUUUCAUACAAGGAAGUCUCUGAACUUGCCGGUCACACAUCCCGCGUCGCCUCUUUACUCGAUGUUAUGGAAGACGUUGCAGCUGGCCGGUUCGAGAAGAAGCUAGUAUCAUCCGCAUCCACAGACGAAAACGCAGCUGUUCUUGCGGGCCGUGGAGCCAUCACCGAGAGCACUUCCAUAGAAUUCACCGACGUCCCCAUCGUCUCCCCCAACGGUGACGUCCUAGUCAAGAAACUCUCGUUCACAGUCCACCCCGGUGACCAUUUGCUUAUCGUCGGACCAAACGGAUGCGGAAAAUCCUCUCUUUUCCGUAUCCUCGGCGGUUUAUGGCCCGUCUACGGCGGCUCCGUCAAGAAGCCCAACUUCGAAGACAUAUUCUACAUCCCGCAACGACCGUACCUAUCGCGCGGCAGCCUGCGCCAACAAAUCAUCUACCCCGACGGCUUGAAAGAGAUGCGCCACAAGGGCAUCACAGACGCCGACCUAUUCGAAAUCAUCUCCAUCCUCGAAAUCUCCAACAUCGUCGAUCGCGAGGACGGAUGGGACGCAGAGGAGGAAUGGCGCGAUGUAUUAUCCGGCGGUCUCCAACAGCGUAUCGCCAUGGCGCGACUGUUCUAUCAUAAACCAAAAUUCGCGAUUCUGGACGAAUGCACGUCCUCUGUCACCCUCGAGAUCGAGAAAGUUAUGUAUGGGACGGCGAAGCGGUUGGGGAUCACAUUGAUGACUGUCUCGCAUCGCAGGAGUUUGUGGCAGUAUCAUAAAAAGAUUCUGCAGUUUGAUGGGCAGGGGAAGAGAUUAAAGUUGGAAGAUGAGAAAGAAGAGCUUGAUCUUCAACUUCGCGCUGUGCCCGAGAUUCAGAAGCGCAUUGCCGAGCUUUCGACAUCAUAA